UUCUGGGUCAUACUCCGUCUAUACGCAUACGAAGAUCCCUGUUAUUCCUCACCAGCUGCUUCGAUAGCUUCGAUGCAUUGCAUAUCGACGGCGCAAUAUGCAGCAUGAGGCCAAUCCCCCACUUUUAACCGCCUUCAGCUUCUUGCUGCCAGCCGGGCUGUGGGAUAAAUGAUGCAAACGCGCAGGUCCUUUAUGUGAAGCUUACCAGCCACCUCCAAUUUGGCAGCGCUCACAAGGCCCCCAAGCACCGUCAACGAGUCUCCCAAAUCCUUCCAAGCCGUGAUACCUCUCAUCUCAUCCCGUUUUCGCGUGACAUAGAAGGUGCAGAUAUGGAUCCGCAUGCGCCGCCGUUGAAGGCGCUGUCUCCGCAGCCGAUUGAUUCACCCAGUCCCAAUAGAGCCUUUCCCACCUCAACUGCGCCGCCGCCAUCUUCAAUACCGGCGCUGCCUCUGCGGCCGGCGAUGGACCAGCAGCUGCCCGACCGCUCGGUGAGCAUGGACGACAUGCCUCGAACGACAUCGAUUCCGCGCGGCGCCGACUUCCCCCAGGCCGGCGACUUUCCUCCAAAGCCCAGCGACUACUCCAAGCCCAACGAUUAUCCCAAGGCCACUGACUUCCACCCGAGGCCGUAUGAGUACCCGGCCCAGAGGCCGAUGCAGCAACUCCAGUCGCCGAUGCAGCAGCUCCAAUCUCCGUACAAUCCCGUGAUCCCUCAGCUCGAUAUGAAAGAUGUCAAGUCCAGCUGCCAGCGCAACCUUAGACACCUCAUGUACCUCCAGAGCCAGCGGCGCGGUUACGACUACGCAUCGCAGGUUGAUCUAGAGUGGCAAAUCCGCAGCCAGACAGGCAUCUUGAUAGGUGAGGUGCGGACGCUUCAGAACGAGGUCCGACGGAUGGUCAAGAAUGCGAAGAAUCACCGGUGGCGACGAUGGCUGUUUGGAGGGUUUCUGGCGACUUUUAUCCCGAUUGUGCGCAAGCUGUUUCGCCGAGGCUCGGAUCACGAGUCGCUGGCUUCGUCCAACAACACCGAGUACGCAUUCCGCAAAUCAAAGGGCCUUCUCCAGCGCAUCAAGGAUUCCGUCCUGGGCCAUCACCGCCUCGCCAGCAUCGCCUUCUUUGUCUUUUCGGUCAUGUACGUGUUCCAGAACGAAGUCACAUUGCGGGUGGCCAAGACAGUGCAGAAGCGCCUCAAGAAAUUGUCCCAGCGGCUCGAGUACACCAGCCAAGAGGUCGAUGAGAAGGACCUCAAAGUUCUAGAAGGCUGGAGGUGGAGAGUGCUUUUAUGGUAAAAAGUAGAGUUUGCCGCUUUUCGAUUAAUGGGCGACUCUGGAAUGCGCGAAUGGACUUUGAGUUUGAGAAUCGAUGAUGACGAACAUAUCCUACUAAAGGUGCAUGAUUGUAACGAAGCUUUUGCACAACUCGCAGCUCAGCUUUGGGCUGCUGUUUUAAUAUGUUUCAGCCUUUGCAACUUCAAUACUACUUUACUAUACUUCAAACUAAUAGAUACUUUAUCAUAAUUUACUUAUUUACACCACAAUUGAG